AUGCACCUCUCCCGCCUAAUACUACUGCGAAAUUCCAAACUUGGCACGAAUUCGACAACGCACAGGAUCGAUCAUGGGAAUAGCUCGACAGCAUCCGAUACUGAGCCGUCUCUACUCAACCUUGUCACUUGGAACGUCGACUACUCAUCCCCAUACGCCGCAAAACGCAUCACCGCAAUUCUUUCCCAUAUCUUCUCCCUCACCCCAGCGAUCGACGUCAUUUUCAUGCAAGAAGUCUCCCGCGACGCCUACCUCACUCUCCUCGCCAGUCCAGACAUUCGGCGCAACUGGUUGCUCAGCGACGCAAACGGCGUCCUCCCGACUAACCAACAGUUCACCACCAUCACAUUACUCUCCAGAUCUCGAUUCAGCGCCUCACCCAACACUGGUCCAGUCUGGCGAGUUCCGUACCCGAGCCGUUUUGGCCGGGACGCACUCUGCGCCGGCAUUUUUCUUCCGUCACAUACGCACCACUCAAACCGUCAUCCCACAGAAAAUCCUAACCUAGCUAUGCACAACCGCCACCAUCACCGGGUCCGCCUCAUCAAUGUCCACUUGGACUCCCUCCCCAUCCAGCCCUCCCAGCGACCAAAGCAAAUAGCCGUCGCUGCGGAGCUCUUGCGUGCCGGGGGCGGCCGGGGGUUAGUGGCGGGGGACUUUAACCCCGUACUCCCUUCGGACGCGACGUUGGUGGAGGAGAAUGGGUUGAGGGAUGCGUGGAUGGAGCUGCAUCCGGGUCAGUCGGGGUUUACAUGGGGGGUUGUUACGGUUGGGGUUGAGGUGAGGGGGAUUGAGGUUUUGGGCCCGGGGGUUGUGGAUGGGGAUAGUAAGAUGGGGGGAGAUGGUGGUGAGGGGGCUGGGAGAAUUGCUUGGAGUGAUCAUUCGGGACUGAGGUGUUCGUUUCGGUUGGGCCCAAGCUAG